AUGUCGGCGCAAAUAUUGCCAUACACUAUAACAGGAUCAAAUGGGUAUGCAAGCACAGCUUCCAAUCUUCCAACCGUCAUAACUACAAGUGGACCUAUGACAAGUCAAGGGUAUCAAACUACUAUACCAUAUUCUGGUGGAUAUGCACAUACUCCCACUAGUUUUUCGUCUGGAACUUAUUUGUCAAACUCAAACUUAGCCAACGCUGUGACAAAUGCUAAUUUAGUCAACGCAAACGCUGUUAACUCUUAUUUUGAUCAAGAUACAAUCGGUCAAGUGAAUGCAAAUUUUGCGAAUAAUAAUUUAGCAACAUCUGUGGUUAAUGCAAAUACAGUAGCUGAUGUAGUUAACAAUGCUAACGCGAUUAUUGCUGCAGAUAAUGCAGCAAAUAACCUUGUUAGUGCUAACUACGCUUAUGAAAACAUUUUAGCAAAUACAGAAGAUAUGAAACAAGCCAAUAAUUUAUCUCCCGUUUUAAACGGAAACAUGGCAACGUUUUAUCUUGGCAAUAAUGGUAAUACAUUUUCAGUAACUAGUGGAUCUCCUGGCACGCAAGGCAUUGGGGUACAAGUAAUGGCAGAUGCUUUGGAAGUUGGUGGAACCGUAGUUGUAAAUGGUAGAAUACCGAUUUACGGCAUGGUUGGUAUAAAUGGAAAUAUACCAACUGAUGGUAUGGCUUCAGUCAGCUAUAGUUGUGCCAACCCUAGUACUCUAUUAUAA